AUUUGCUGUCGCUCUUGUCGCUUGAUGUUGGAACGCAAAGAUUUAAAAAAUAUAUCCCGGUUUUAUUAUUGUGUUUCUUGAAAUAUAUAUUCACUGUUUUGUUUUUUUUACUAAACUCAUACAUUGGAGCUGGUCGUGGUUUUUUUCUUCCGCUGUUAUAUUUUAAGAUGAAAAAACUGCGCUUCGAUCCCAAUCUGGCGUUUUUAUCGAAAGCCUCGCUGUAUUAUAAAGACCUGUGUCCGGAGCUCGCGCGCUUCCUCAUGCAGAAGCAGCAGACACAAGGCCCUGCACUGCUGAAAACGGUUCUGUGCCCGUUCUGUUGUCAGUUGCGCCAGCCUGGAGAGUACCACGUGCGAUUACAGCCCAAGCGCAAACCUUCGGCGCGUAUCAGAAAGCUGCUCAGGAAGGAGCGAGCCCGCAAGAGACUCGGGUCACAGGAAAUGAAGCUUCUUCAGAGGUUCAGAAGAGCUCCCAAUGUUCUGAUGGCCACCUGUCACAUUUGCAAUAAGACGUCCAGGGAAAUUGGGAUGAACAGGGAUUUUCUGCGGUCCUUACCAAAGAAAGCACCAGUGAGCGUGUCGAAACGCAGGACGACUCAGUCUGCAGAGAAGCUGACGCCCAAGCCCAACUUUCAUGACAAAACACCAAACAGAACACCAAAGGCAAGAUCAUCUGAACGCGGCGGCUCCUGGAAGUCAAGCAGUGGGAAAAAAUCUGUUUUGUCACGUGUUAAGAAGUUUCUGAUGCUUGAAGACUGCCAGAAGAGUAAACCAGGGAGUCUGAAAGACUUCCUCACCUCUCUGUAAGAGCCUUCUGGACCACAGAACCCAGAAACCCCACACCAGCAGGGUCGAGCCUGCUUUAGUUUCAAACAAGGAGGAAUGGAACGAAAGGUGGUUGGCUGUGCUCCUUUAGUGUUCACUACAGCGACACCUGCUGGACAAAUCGUUAAAACCUGGUUUACAAAUAAUCGGGCCCUUUUACCGUUCCGUGUUUUCCAUCCCGGUUCCGAGAAGAGAAGUGACUGCCUUUACAAGUGAUCUUUUCAGUACAGCUGAAAGGCUGUAAACGCUGCAUCCUACAUUAAAUAAAUGUUAUUCAUUCCUGUCACUGUUAUGAUGACAAGUGUGUGUUGGCUUCAUUUUCCAGGUUUUUCCAUCUUGUCUAGUGAUCUCUCAGAGACCCUUGCAUGGUUCACAUUUUAUCGGUAUUCAUUGCUCAUUUGCUUUAAUUCAGCAGGAACGGAAUUUUGAAAACGUUGGCUCUCAAAAGGUCUCGGAGGAUUGAAUCAGUAAACACUGGGAAAGAGAAAGCGUCGCUUAGGUCAUGUUUUUGUAGUAAGAGAAAUUGAUAUAUAGUUAUAUAGAUAUGCUUUGUAUAUAUUUAACCUCCUAAGGCCCAAGCUGUUUUUUUACAUGCAUUUUUUAUUUCUCUUUGCUAUUUGGGCUUAUUAGAACCUGAUUAGAAUAAAAACUAAGCAUCAUCUUUUGAUAAGAUGUACUUUUAGAGAAAAAGUAUGUCCACAUAUGUGGAUUCUUGUUCCGAAUUUCUAAAAAGUGCUGUCCACGCAUGUGACCGCUAAGCCCUAGGAGGUUAAAGGAGAACUGAAGGCAGAUUUUUUUUUUUAUGAUCAAAAUUCUAUUUCUCAUUUUAUUAAAUAUCGGAAUGCAUUUUUGAUCGCUAUUUUGUCACUGCUGUAGCAAGUUAUGAGUGUUUGAAAUAUGGUAUGUAAUAUAUCAGUCCAUAUGUCAAAGCAAUGGCCGUAAACGAGAUUCGUUGAGCCCUGUGCGAGGCAUCAUAGGACGGAAGUAAAACGUACAGCGGAAAUCAAAGUGGCCAACAUCUGCCAACGUUGUCAAAAGACGCACGUGCUCUCCUUCGAAUGCUGAUGUAAUCAAGCUGGAAGUUUUGUUUGUUUUGAUAGCAAUCAGGAAAGUUUGGAAAAAAAGUAGGCAGUAAUCGUCAUUUAAACUCGUUUUUGCGCAAUAUUUUGUUUGGAAAACAGUUUUCAAAAUGGCGGCACGGACACCUGGCUGACACUUCACGUUUCGAAGUCUCGCACAAGUCUCGUGAAGAUCGCACGGAUAAGCGACGCCUGCCGUGGGCCAAACGAACUAAAUUCAACAUGGCUAAAAACCGAAUAGGCCGAUAAGUAUACUAUUUAAUUGGAAUUAGUCGCCAAUACGAGUCACGAUAUAAAGUUACUAAAACCGAAAACGUAAUUGAAUAACACGGUAAUUAAGAAAAAAUGCAAGUUUAAAACUGACUUCAGUUCUCUUUUAACAAUUAUUUACUGAAGGUGAAGUAAAUAUCCGUGAAUAAUAACUGAGACAAAGUCGAGGUUAUUAUUCACCGAUAUUUACUGAGCCUGCGGUGGAUAAUUGUUUUAGUGUAAACACACGGGUGAUUAUUUAAAAAAAAAAUUUAAUCAUUUAUUUCAAACUGCAAAAGCAGCAUGCAAAUGUAAUAAAGGUGUGAUGCAGACCUGUUACUUAUCUAUCCCGACUCGUAAAAUACUUUGUUUUGAAAUAGAUAAAUUAAAUCACAAUUCCACCUGACCUUUGAAUAGUUUUGGACCAAACUUCGUAGCAUCUUUAGUGCUUUUAGGAGCAGCAUUUUCUUCCAUCAUUUGUAAUUCUUCCUCACUUACAGUAACGAAGCGAUUGGCCGCCAUUUUGCUGAAUCACUCGAUGUGAUUGGUCGAGAAAUUCUGACUAUUUCUCAAUAAUCAGUGCACCCGAUUUUCUAUAAUCACCUCCGUAUUUAUACUAAAUACAUUUGUUUGAGUUUACACACAAUAUUUUUAAGUAGAUCACGCACUCUUUUUGUGACCGGACUUUUUUCACGAUUAAGAUUUGCACAGUGGUCAGGGCUUUUAGUGUUUUAAUAAAUGUUUACAUUUAAUGGACUGUUUUUUGCUUUAAAAUUGUAUUGCAAAGACCAAAUCUGUGUUGCUAUAGCCACGUUACGAUACAGUGUCAAGUGAAUGCAACUUGUACGCAAACAUCACUUAUUUUCAAUAAAUUAGUUGUGAAGUAGA